UACAUUGCCUUGUUUUAUUCCCUUGCAGGGCCCUUGUCACUAUCCAAUGGUCCGGAUAAGUUCGCGUCUGUCUUCAAGGUUUCGAGGAAGACCUUCAACUACAUAUGUUCGCUUGUGAAGGAAGAUCUGAUGGCGAGACAAUCAAGCUUCACCUCUUCAAAUGGCAAGGUGCUGUCCGUGAACGAUCAGGUGGCUGUUGCUCUGAGAAGGUUGAGCUCUGGCGAGUCACUAGUGACCAUAGGAGAAUCAUUUGGCAUGAACCAAUCAACCGUUUCCCAUGUGACUUGGCGAUUUGUGGAAGCGAUGGAAGAAAGAGGGCUUCACCACCUGAGAUGGCCCACCACAGAAGAUGAUAUGAAGGAGAUCAAAUCUAAGUUUGAGAGAAUCCGGGGGCUCCCAAAUUGCUGUGGUGCAAUUGACACAACACACAUCAUGAUGUGUUUGCCAUCAGUGGACCCAUCAAACAAUGUAUGGUUUGAUCGAGAGAAGAACCACAGCAUGCUCUUGCAGGCGAUUGUGGACCCUGAUAUGAGGUUCCGGGAUGUUGUUACUGGGUGGCCUGGCAGCAUGAACGACUCAGAUGUGCUCAGGAACUCUGGAUUUUUCAAACUCUGUGAGAACGGGAAGAGGUUGAAUGGGAAGAAGUUGAAGCUGUCCGAAGGGUCAGAGGUGAGAGAAUACAUAAUCGGAGAUGUUGGUUUUCCUCCGCUUCCUUGGCUCCUCACCCCUUACCAAGGGAAAGACCUUGUGGGGCCCAGAGCCGAAUUCAACAAGAGGCAUUUUGCCACUAGGAUGGUGGCUGGGAGGGCGCUGGCAAGAUUGAAAGAGAUGUGGAAGAUCGUCCAAGGGGUGAUGUGGCGGCCUGACAAGCACAAGCUACCGAGGAUAAUUCUGGUCUGCUGUUUGCUGCACAACAUCAUCAUCGAUAUGGAAGAUGAAGUUCAGGACGAGAUGCCCCUGUCUCACCACCAUGAUGUUGGUUACAGGCAGCAGAUUUGUGAUGACGUCAACAAGGAGAAUGUGUUCUUGAGAGAUAGACUCUCGCAGUACUUGUCAGGCAGAUUGCUGCCACCUUGAAAUGAAUCUGUACGGCCUGUUACUUCUGGUCCCUGGAGAUCGAUCAGCAGUCAAUCGUCCAAACGAUUGAGUUGGGUAACAAAUAGAUUGUUGGGUAACUGUUUUUUAAGGAAACUGUUUGAUGAUUUUGUGGGAGGGGGACAGUUGAGAUGUGAUCUCCUCUGCAUGUAUAGAAUUCAACGGCGGCAUUGGCUUCGUGCAGUUGAAAAGGCAAUGGCUUCGAGAAAUGAGAUGUAACCUCUAUGGAAUUGCUUUAUAUAUUCAAGUAAUUCUUGGCCA